UCGCUUCUAGGCAUCCUUGCAUGAACCUGUAUAUGUCCAUAUGUAAAUAUAAGCACAACAAACGGAAAACGUUUACUUAUAUCUGCUUUUGUAAAUAUGUCCAUAUUCUCAAGCAGAGUAUUACACGUUGUCGUUGUAUUCAUGUGGAUAUCUUGUUUGUAUACGUCCAAGAUUUUAUAAAACUAGCAAACAUCAAAAAUAAGUUAAUUCAAUCGUAUUAUUUUCUGUUAAUAUAUAUUACUUUUGAAUAGGACGACACUAAACCCACAGAAGAUACGGUAAGACAAAAUUCCGACGAAACGGAUAAAGAGAACGUAUAUCCUUGGCGACCUACGAAAACAGACACACAGGUACACACACACAUCACUCACUCAAAUUUAAACAUUACAAUUUACACUGAACAUAAAUAACACUAUUCUGUUUAUUUUAAUUAGGAUGUAAAGGAAAAAACGCAACCAAAACGUAGUUUAAGUUUGGAUCAACCAAAACCAAAAGACGAUCCACCACUUAGACGUCGCCAUAGUAAAACUGAGGUAUUAUUAUACCGGAUUAAUAUUAUUAUUGUUUUACUAUCCAGUCUAAUUAAUAAUGUCAUUUUAUAAUAGGAUAUUGAUGAAACAGAAUCUGAAAAUAUAGAAAAGUCAAAAAUAAGACGAAAGGUAUCUAUCGAUCGUCCUACAGAACCUACUUAUCCUUGGCGACCGCCUAAAUUUGAUGAGGUAAUUAAAAUCAAAAUUUUAUCGGUACUUAUACAUUAAAAUAAAUAAGCUUUAAAACAUAACGAUUUUUUUUUAAUAUUAGGAUUCUGAAACUUCAAUGGAAGUCGAUGAUGUUGAAUCUGUUGAUAAGUCUAAAACUUCAGAGCUUACUCCUAAACCUGCUUAUACUACUACUCCGAAAUCAAAAGAGGAUUUGCAGUCAGAUAAAGUAGACAAGGAGGAAACACCGAAAACUGACAAAGAUGAUAAGGUAGUUACUGAACAAGAAUCGCCUUACCCUUGGCGUCGUCCAAGUAAGCCUAAGGAGGAACCUGAAAAAAUUAAUGACACAUUCAUUAAACCAAACGACCAAAGCGCAAAAGAUGAGGUAACCGAUAGUGUUAAAGACAAAGAUAUGACAAAAGACACAGAAAAAUCACAAACACUUCAUCCAUGGGCUAAAACAAAAGAGGUUCCAAUACUCAUAACACCGGAACCGGAAAAUGAAAAGGAAGUGCCAUUCUCAUGGCAGGUUAUUCCUGAAAUACCACAGGUAUAAAUUAUUGUAAUAAAAUAUAUUUAUAAUGAUAUAAACACAUGUAUUAAUAAUAAUAUUUUAAAUCAGGCUGAACAAACACCGGAAUUAGAGGAUAAAUACAAACCCACGUUAAAAGAAAUACAUGACACGACUGUACCCUGGAGAAGGUCUC